CGACCACACAUCCAUAUUGCAUGAGGUAAAAUAAAGCGUCCGUUGGCAACUAAUAAAAAUGGGGAUUGGAAUGUGAAUGCCUUUCUUUUGUACUUUGUCACAAUCAGGCCUGCUCUGUAAGAGGAAAUCCAAAAAAAUACCAUGGGAAGGAGAUAAAUAGCACAGGAUGAUUUGAAGGGUAAUAAAGCAUACACAUCGAUCAAUUGAUGACCAUUUCAUCAUUGCCUGAUGAAACUACGAUGACUUCUCUCAGGUCUUCCUUCACCUUGAGGUUCCUCCUUACCCUAAGCUGUGUCUUUGUUAGACUCCACUGGAGCCUGGUGAGCUGUAACCUCCAGCAUGAUCCAGGAAGAUCCCUAGACGCAGGUCUCCAUGAUACAAAAGCAGUCAUUGGAAAGUACUUCAACUACAGCAUUCCAGAUCCAACAGUGAAAUUAGCAGAACAUAAAUUCCAUUAUGAGGUAUCUGAGGUUGGGACCAGCUCCAUUCCCAUGUGGCUUGUGUUCAACCACACUUCUCACACAUUCCAUGGAGUUCCUUUGAUCACAGAUAAAGGAUUCUAUCUGAUUAAAGUGUCUUUAAUAUCUACAUUCGAUAAUGUAUCGUCUGUCCAAGCCAAAGAUGUCUUUGCGAUUGACGUAGAUUUUGGAGCAUCUCAAGAUUUGACCAAGAAGGACAUUUUAGGAAGUGUGGGUGCCAGACCUCACCAGAUGUUGUAUAAAGUUGAGCAACUGAGCGAGCAUAUUACGUGCAGGAGAAAUGAAAUAAAGACUCUGAUGUCAGUAGUGUUUGAUGCUAAUAUCAACCACCUUAAUGGGAGCAGCAGGAUGUCCUUGAUAACCAGAUUAGCACCAUUUGUUAAUCAACCUUUAGAGGAAUUCAGCAUGAGCUCCAAGCAUAGUAGUGUCAUUGAUAGGUUACAGAAGAAUAUUGUGGUCGCGGCUGGUCCAGGUAAUAUACACAGUGCAGGAAGCAAUGAAGGAGUUGUUGUAUCCUGGCCGCUUCCCUGUGCAACACAGAGCCUCAUCAACCAAUUCCCAAAUGUGAUGGCCAGAAAUAUUGCUUCUGGACACUUAAGAGACACUACUGGUUAUGAUGUGAUCAGUUGGUAUAUUUCAAAAGCGAGAGAUAGCAGUGUGAAAGCCAGAGGACGGUCAAAGAGAGAGGCAGGAAUGACCAUUGCACCAACCCCCAAACCUUCACAGACUGCCUCAGUCAUUACUGCAACCUCUUUGCUUUCAAUCUCAUCCACUGCUCAGUCAAUGCAGACUAUGCUAACAUCAUCUGUGGUAUCAACUCUUUUAUUUUCACCAUCGAGCAGUGAUCAGACAAUGUCAGUCUUUUCAAGCAGUAUGUCUGGAUUUGUACUGUCAACAACUCCACUGGAUUUUUCCUCCAGGCAAAUUUCUCUGUACAGUCCAUCUGAAUCUCUACACACUUUGACAAGUAUUGGAACAGAAAGCAUACAACCAUCUCUUUCACAAUUGCCUUUUAUGACAAGUCUUUCAACUUCUUUUCUUUUACCUACAACUGUAUUGUUUAGUUCAUCAAUGCAGAUAUCACUGCUCUCUCCUACAUCCCAGCAAAGACAAACUUUGUAUACCUCCUACCAAACACCAAUGUCCUCGACUGUGGAAAGUUCAAAGUCCACAAUAGGAUUUGUGAGUUCCUCUCUGCUUAUGUCAAGUAAUGUUAUUUCACCUAGUACUUCAGCCUUUCCAAGUUUCCAGAGUACAAAUGUAUUGGUUAGCAGUCCAAGUUUAUUCCAGUCAACCAAAAUCAUGUCAACUUCAUUGCUUGUGACUGAAUCACCAAGUAUGUCCUCUGAUGAAUCUGUUCAAGUAUCCUCGACCACCAUUACAUCAGUGAUGCUCUAUAGUCAAUCCACUGCAAGUAUGAUGUUAGCAACGUCCAGUGAAAUUGAUAUCUCAAGUGUCUUUUCAUCUGGCUUUCUGACUACCCUUCUGAGCUCUGAUUCAGUGACUACUGUCAUUCUUCAAACUUCCUCAGGUUUCAGGAGUAGAAGUCUCCUUCCAUCUACAGAGUUUUCAAGAAUGUCUUCUCCGAUUCUUAGUUCAACUCUUGUAGGAACUUCAGAAUUUGAGAGAAGAAGUUCCUUUAGCUUUACUACAACAGAGAUAUCGACACUACCCCAGACUCCUUCAACAUCUUCUGGUAGCACUUUGCCACCAAUGCAGUCAUCAUUUUCUUCACAGAUGUUGACCACUUCCCGUCUGUCAUCUGAUAUAACUCCGUCAUCCACUGGAUCUGUUCAGACAUCAAGUGGUUUAACAUCAACUUCACAUGUUGAGACGAAUUCAGGAGGAUCAAUUACACCAAUUUUGUCAACAGAAACUCUAUUGUCUUCACAAAUACAGAGCAGUUUCUUUUCAACAAUGAUCAUCACAACACCUUAUCAAACAGAAGUAACCUCAAGAUUAGUAACAACAACCUUGAGUUCUUCAGAAAUAUUAUUGACACAAGAUGUCUCAACAGCUAGUACUGUGUUUCUUACCUCACAUAGUCCGAGUGAAAUCCAGUCAUCUGAGAUUGUUCAAAGUAUGACUCCCACAGCAAUCAUAUCACCCUCAAUCACCGAGUCAUCCAUUUUUUCUGCAAGCCCUGGAACAUCAUCCACUGCAUCUCCAACAAGUACAGUUAUCUCUGUAUUGGACACUUCAACUCAGCGGGUGCCGUCCACCAUGGAAAUGACUUCAGGUAUGAUUUCCUCAAGUAUUGUGAUACCUGAUACAACUUCUGUGUCGUCACUGAUUGAAGUGUCCACACUUUCCAGCACUGAGGAUAUCACAGUAUUUUCCAGUUUACUCUCUGAUAAUCUCUCUAGCACUGGUAGUUUCAUAGACAGCACCUCUCUGUCAAAAUUUCUGUCCUCAACAGUGUCUCCUGAAAUAUCCCUGCCUCCUAGUCUGUCAUCUGAGAUCCCUUAUGUGACACAAAGUUUUCUACAGACCACUGGACUAUCAGCAUCCACUUCAUUUUCCUUUCCCUCUACCACCUCACUCAUUAGCAUGUCUGAAAUCAUAUCUCAGAUACAGUCAUCAUACAUUUCAAGUGGAAUUGUGGCAACUAGUGCAACAGGGACCGGAAUGACAAUGAUCCCAACAACUUUUCUACAAACACCUGCCAUUUCUACAGUAAGUGCUGUAACAACUCUUGUGUCUGGAGUAUCAACUUCUGUUGGCACACCUAUUCUAUCAGAAAGUUCACUUAUGUCACUGCGUAGCUCAAGUGCAAGCGAGUUCCCUGUUCUUAGCACAAGGAUGGCACCAUCAUUUUCAUCUACAACGUUUGGAAGUCCUUCAGCACCUAGUUUCUCUCUUGCACCCUCAGAACAAACUAUGACAAUCAGUCAGGACUCGACUGUUUUUUCAGCAGCCUCACAGAUAUCAACCUCAGAGAUAUCAAGUGCAAGUGAUUUUCCAAUUUUGAGCACAAGUCUGACAACAUCACUCUCUUCUUUUUCAUCAUUAGCAAGUUUCUCGACACUCAGUGUUUUUUUCACAAGUGUUUCGCUCUCCAGACAAAGCACGACUGCCAGCCAGGAAACACUCACUUUCUCAACAUCUUUGUUUUCCACACUGAACAGCUCAAGUGCAACUGAUUCUCCAGUAUAUAGUACAUUUGGACAGCAACAUUUUCAUCUGUAUCAUUUGGAAGCUCCACAGCACCUGUUGUUUCUUCUGUGA